AUGGGAUUUUACUUGUCGUUUGCCCACUUCUCGGCCUGUGUCUUUCUCUUCGUGAUGCAUGCUGUUCUGGUUGGCCUCUUGGGAAUUUCGUUCCACGGCAAGACUGGAAACCCCUUUGAGGUUGGUUGCAUAGUGAUCGACUUGAUCGCUAUGAUACUCCUGGCAGCGCAAUUCGUACAUUACGUGCGCCGGGAGUGGUCAGGAUUAAGCACCAAGAUCUAUGUGCUGUAUGCGGGCAUACUGCUUCUGUUGACAACUGUUGGCUCCCUCAUACUCACCGCACGCGCCUCCCAGACGCCCAGUUUGUGGGCAGACUACGUCGGUCUGAGUUUCCCAGAGUUUCUGGCCGCUAUGACUCUGGUGACGUCGUGGUGCACCACCCUCAUCGCUGUGGUCGGGCUCGUGUUGGCUUUUCUUGACAAGAAACCUGAUGACAGUGAUGUCUGGGAGCCGCAAUUCACAACUUUGCCUGACGGACGCCGCCUGAGGUUUCGUCGGGUCACCGCUCCCGUGUCACCUCCUCCUGUCUACUAUCCCCAAGAGAAGCUGGAGCGUGUCACUCGCCCUAUUGUGAGACAAGGCGCUGUGCAACCGGGUACCACUCAUCCCUACUGGAUAGAACGCCGCUUGCAGCCAAAGCGGACGGCCAACAACCGACGUUCCAGAGAGGUGGCCUAG